AUGACUUCGCUUCCAUACAAAGCAGCCGACAACAUGGACGUCGGCGACAUCCCGUUGACCAACUUCCAGUCCCAUCGUCCCCAGCGAUCCAACGACAGUGCUCAAGCUGACUCUGUCAGUGGGCCAUCGCCAGCGCACUUCCUUCACCAUCAACGGGUCGACGACAACGAUGAUUUGCAAGGUGCGGAUACUCGCACUCAGGGUGCAUACGACCACCUCAAGAACGGACGCGCGACCGCGCAGAACGACAAUGCCAGCGCAAGUGGCAGCGGAAGCGGAAGCAAUGGCGACUCCUCGAAUGCUACCAAGAAUGGAUGGAACGCCAAUCAUGACACCUUGGUCGAGCGCAUGCAACGUCCCACCAAGAUUGGGCUUCCACUCCACCACGAUGCAUUUGAACCACCUCAGGCUCCCUUCGCGAGUGCAGAUGCUCUCGGCGGCCGCACAAGCCGCCCCAUGUCGGUUGCUAGCUCUGCAGACGAGUCCGAGGACUUCGACUGGGACACUUCCAGCGGGGAAGACGACGACGAGAACGACGAAGCGCGCACUCGCAAAGGCGCCAAGAUCACACGUGCCAAACGUGGGCGCAGAGUCUACCUCGCCUGCCUUCGCCUCGCUCGACCCGUUCGUAUCUUUCUCGCGGCUCUCAUCGGCACCGCUCUUUGUCUCGUCCCUUUCAUUGUAGUCACUGCGACCGACAAUGGCACGUCCGCUCGUUCCCAGGUCGUCGUCUGGAGCGUCUGGAUCGCCAUCAUCUGGGCGGCUAGCUGCGGCACCUUCCUCGUCGUCGACUUAAUCCCGCCCUUGGCGCUUCGUCUCGUCCUUGCCGUCUACGGAAAGGCGCCUGAGAUCGUCAAAUCAUACAUCGAAGCGUUCAUGGCCACCACACUGUACGUCAAGCUCGUUCUGUGUGUCACCUGGGCUUGGAUCAGUCUUGGCGGCGUCCUUGCCAUUCAGUACUCGUCGUCUUCUCGUCCCGCCUACUGGCGCACCAUCUUCAAGGUCAUCCGCGCACUCUUCGCAACCAGCAUCAUCUUGCUUGUCGAGAAAGUAGUGCUGCAGUUCAUCGCCAUCAACUUCCACAAGACCGCCGUCCAGGAUCGUCUCGAACAGAACCAGAAGGCGCUCAGAGCGCUCGACAAGCUGCACGAGUCCAAGUAUCUCAUGCAGAAGCGCCGCUUCAAUCCGAUACGAAGUCGUCCCGCUUCGCCUGGCUACAGGCAGGCCUACGGACUGCACGCUGCCAAGCAGUCACGCGACGGGCUUCUUGGCUACUUUCCGACCUCGCAACAGGCCAAAGCAAGUGCGGCAGCCGAAACCAGUGAAAAGCAAUCCGCCGGACAACCAGAACAACAACAACAACAACAUCAUCAUCAUCACCACCACCAUCAUCACCACCAUCCUUCGCUGCAUCGCCGCGACGGCUCCCACACUCCGACACCGAGCGAUCUCCAGAAGCAAGCACGCAAGACCAACAUCGCCUCCCAGAUCAGCGAAGCCAUCGCCAUGGCCACCAUGAAGGACAGUAAGCUCUACAAGGGCAGCUCCUCUGGCUCACAGCGCUCGGCGCGCAAGCUCGCCAAGCUCCUCUUCACCAAUCUUGCGGACAACAAGUCGACGCUCGUCGCCGAGGACUUUGUUCCCUACUUCAAGAGCGAGGAAGAGGCGCGCGAGGCCUUCAACGUCUUUGACGCCGACCGCAACGGUGACAUCAGCAAGGAGGAGAUGCGCGAAGCUGUUCAGCGCAUCUACCGCGAACGUCGCUCCCUCGUCACCUCGCUCAAGGACAUGUCGUCGGCCAUCUCCAAGCUCGACGGCGUGCUCAUGUUCCUUGGUGUCAUUGUCGUCAUCUUCCUCUGGCUGCUCAUCUUCAGCAGCGGUUCCGCCAUCUCCAACAUCGCCCCCCUUUCGACGUUUGUCGUUGGCUUUUCGUUCAUCUUCGGCAACAGCGCCAAGAACAUCUUCGAAAGCAUGAUCUUCAUCUUUGCCACUCACCCAUAUGACGUGGGCGACCUGGUUUGCAUUGACGAGGAGUGGAUGUUCGUCAAGGAGUUUGGGCUAUUGAGCACGACCUUCCGGACGACGGUCAACAGCGAGAUUGUCGCGCCCAACGCGAUGCUGGCGACGAAGAAGUACAUCUACAACUCGCGGCGAAGCGGCCCGCAAUGGGACGUAACGCUGAUCCAAGUCAGCUUCGAGACGUCGCUCGAGACGAUCGACCAGCUUCGUCACAAGCUGUCGUCGUUUACCAAGGAAAACGACCGCGACUUUGCGGGUCCGCUUGACCUCAACUUCGACUCGAUCAGCCAGCAGAACGCUAUCGAGCUAGUGGUCGCAUUUCAGAUGAAGACAAACUACCAGGACUGGGGCACGAGAUGGACGCGGAGGACCAAGCUCAUGCGUCGGAUCAAGACCGCAUGCGAGGAGCUGGGCAUUGUCUACUCGAUGCCGCCCCAGCCGAUCACGUUCCAGCCCAGAUCCGGACCGGCGCCGUUCAAGUUUGGGAAUGCGUCGGUGGGCAUACAGCAGAUGCAGCAGAGGCAGACGUCGCUCUGA